AUGUAUCAGUACCGACUCCCAUACCGACGGCCAGAAGCUCGAUGUCGGAGGGAGAGAUCCGUGACUCGACAUCAGCCAUUUCGGUACCAUGUGCUGCUGCACAAGAACGAAGACUUCAGCCUACGGUGCCGGCACCGCCUGUUUAUUGACAGAGGCCUGCACCCUCUCAACCAGACUAUGAUCGAAUUUCCCAAUACUCGGGAUACCACAGACAGGACUUGUAUGACUGGGAGUAUUACCGACCCCAGGAAUACUAUCCAGAUGAAUGUAGACAGGAGGAGCACUACGCUCACCCUCUUCCACCUACCAGGGUCAUCCAAGUCUCUUCACCUCGGGCCCCGACACCAUCAGAGCACCGUAGUAGAACCGAGACUUCUGUACCGAGGGUUACUGCAUCGUCCUCGGUACCGCACCAUGAACAAGCGUUGCAGUCGAUCCAAGCAGCAACGCAACCUACUGCAUCGAACUCACCUGACGAUGAGUACAGUGGACCUGAAGGAUGCGUAUUUCCACAUUUCCAUGAGGAAAUCGCAUCAAACUUACCUGUGCUUCAUCAUCGACACUCGACAGUUCCAGUUCACCGUUCUUCCCUUUGGUCUCACGACCGCACCGAGGGUCUUCACGAAGCGGGCGGCGGCGGCGCGGGUGGCGAUGGCUGUGCUCCGGUUGGCGCUGGCGCUGGCGCUGCUGACCGCCUGCCUACUUUCUGCGCUGGGAUCUCAGCGAACAUUUCUACAAGUGGUUAUUCCUCAGAGGAUCCCUGUGUAUGCUUCUGGAAAUACGGAAAGGAUGUCCUAUGAUAUGAAUCUAAAGGAGAAGCUAUAUACAAUUCACCUGAGGCAACAAUCCAUUUUGACCAAUGAUUUCAGAAUUUAUACAUACACCCAAUCGGGGAAUAUGAUGUCUAUUAUCCCUUCUGUUCAGCGGGAUUGCUACUAUCAAGGCUACAUAGAAACUUACACAAAUUCACUUGUGAUGCUGAGCACCUGCUCUGGUCUCAGCGGGCUGUUGCUCUUUGAGAACAUCACCUAUGGAAUCGAGCCGGUGGAAUCGGCCUCUGGAUUUCAACAUCUCAUUUAUCAGACCGAAUACAACGACGAGGACUUCAAUGUUUCUAAAGAGAAUUAUUCCAUCGACUGGACCACAGAAAUCAGUCAAAGGGCAAGCCCAGAAGUACCGAUUAACUUCAGCACCGUGAGAUACGUGGAGAUGCAUGUGAUCGUGGCCAAGACUCUGUUUGAUUAUAUGGGUUCGGAUGAAGAUAUCGUGACAGGGAAAAUCAUGAAGCUUAUCAGCUUUAUCAACACUAUGUUUUUCAAACUCAACAUGAGGAUUAUACUCUCCUCUCUGGAAUUUUGGUUAGACAACGAUAAAAUCUCCACCACGGGGACGCCCGACGAGAUGCUGGGGAAGUUCGUGGAGUGGAAAAAGGAGCACCUCACUCUACGACCCCACGACGUGUCAUUUUUAUUUGUCUACCGGGACAAGGCCGACUCGUUGGGGUCAACGUUUCCCAAACAGAUUUGUGUCAAGCCUUCUUCUGCAGGGAUUGCUGUGUACCAAAACGGGAUCACACUGGAGACGUUUUCCGUGAUACUUGCACAGUUGCUGGGAAUUAGCCUGGGACUGCACUUUGACAACGCAAGACAAUGCUUCUGCCCGGGGUCCACCUGCGUGAUGAAUACCAACGCAGUACAGUCCAGCGGGGCCAAGUUCUUCAGCAGCUGCAGCAUAAAAGACUUCCGGGACUUUCUAGGGUUUGGCUCUCCACAAUGCCUCAUGAACAGACCACGGAUCGAUAUCACGUACAGAGCUCCCCAGUGCGGCAACAGUAUAGUGGAAGACGGGGAACAGUGUGACUGUGGCACGGUGAAAGAAUGUCAAACGAAUGUUUGUUGUCUAUCAGAUUGUACCUUGAGAGCAGGAAAAGAGUGCGCCCAAGGAGAAUGUUGCUGGCAGAAUACCUGCAAGUUCAAGGCAAAAGGCACCUUAUGCCGAGACACUCCUGACGUCGACUGCGAUCUGAGGGAGUACUGCAACGGGACGUCCUCAGAAUGCACAGAUGAUUUCUUUGUUCAGGAUGGGCAGCCGUGUGAGGCUGAAACCGGGGUUUGCAUGAAAGGAGUGUGCCAGAGUCCGGAUCGAUGGUGCCGAAAAGUAUUUGGACAAGGUUCGAAAAGCGGGUCUCCGCAGUGCUAUGAAGAAAUCAACAGUCAAAGUGACAGGAUGGGACAUUGCGGCUCCUCUGCGCGCGGCUACCAGCACUGUCAGUGGAAGGACCUCAAGUGCGGCAAGUUAGUGUGCGAAUACCCAAGUAAAAAACCUUUUGUUAUUGAAAAUGCAGCUAUAAUUUAUGCAAAGGUGCAGCAUCGCUUGUGUGUCACUUUAGACUACAUGAAAGGCCCAACAGUGAAGGAUACGUUCUUGGUUCAGGACGGUUCCGUCUGUGCGAAGGACAAGAUUUGCAUGAACCAGAAGUGUGUGGAUAGGGCUGUAAUAAAAGCCACUUGCGAUCCAAUAAAGAAUUGCCACAAUAAUGGAGUUUGCAACAACAGAGGUAACUGUCAUUGCGAAAUGGGCUGGGCCCCACCUAACUGCACGACAGAAGAAAAGGGAGGCAUAGGAGGAAGCAUUGAUAGCACCUACCGAAGUGGUCCACUUCUGAGCAAACAUCACGGCAUUAAUACCACGACAAGGAACUGGCUUCUGAUAGGUUUCUUUCUUUUCCUGCCUGUUGCUGUCGGGUCCGUCAUCAUAGUCAUAAAACUAAGAGACGUCUUCUCAAAAGUGAAAGUGGAGGAGGAAGAAGAUGAGGAAGAAGAUUAUGAUAAGGAAGGGUAA